UUUGAACUGAUGGCGGCGGAGCUCAGUUGUCGGUGAUGCGCACUGUGCACGGUCGUCUCGCUCUUUCGUCCGGCUUCGGCAGCAGGACUCGGAAGGCUUAGCGGAGGCGGCGGAGCUUGGACCCUCCUGCCAACCAUGGACCCACGUCGCAAGGCGAAGGUCCCGAGGAGACGGCCCCCCAGCCCGGUGCCCGGACCCUCGCGGCCAAGCCCGAGCCCGCGCCGCCCGUCGAGAACCCCGACGAGACGACCCUCCAGCCCGGUCCCCGGACCCUGGCAGCCAGACCCGAGCCCGCGCCGCCCGUCGAGGACCCCGACGAGACGGCCCUCCAGCCCGGUCCCCGGACCCUCGCGACCGAGCAGCAUCCGUCAAGGUCUACGCCGAAGGCGGAAAUUUCUAUGGCUGAAGGAAGUGCAGAAACUGCAGAAGAGCACAGAACUCCUGCUGAGGAGACAACCUUUUGCCAGAGUUGUUAGAGAAAUCUGCCAGAAAUUCACUCGCGGUGUGGACUUCUGUUGGCAGGCCCACGCCUUGUUGGCCCUUCAAGAGGCAGCAGAAGCGUUUCUAGUUCACCUCUUCGAAGACGCCUAUCUCCUCACCUUGCACGCUCGCAGAGUCACCCUCUUCCCCAAGGACGUGCAGCUGGCCAGGAGGAUCCGAGGCAUCGAGGGAGGGCUCGGCUGAGCCGGCAGCGUGUUGUGUGUAGUCAACACCUGGGACAUCUGGAGCCACAGCUAGACCAGUGAUGUCUGAGGAGCUGCCUGGACUCGGCGGGGGUUGAACAGCAUGCACACAUUGCCCUUUAAACUUUCUAAGUAGAAGACUGUGUGGCAUUUCUCUGUGACAGAGAUAAAAGGCCAUCUGCACAAGUCCAUGGACAUGAAUGUUUGCAAACCAAAGGUCAGUUUUGGCGUGUGAACUGCUUGACUGUUUGACUGUUUAAGGGUUUCGGACACAUGAGAUCUGCCGUGUUAGGAGGGAUAUUGUUAUUUUAGUCUUUCUGUGCUACGUGCAUCUUUUACCAUUUGUGUAUUUGUGCUUUUGUUUAAACUAUAAGGGAGAAAAAUCUGGGUGCAAGGCUUGAAUCUGUUGUAUGGAAAACCCUGGCAGUCCCGCCAUAGAAAUGUCUGCCUUCCAGAUUGAUUUCACCAGUAGUGCCUGUCAGCAAACAUGCAGCUUUUCAAAACUUAAUUAGAAUUGAAUACAACUCUCCCCUGCCUUCCCUUUAAUGCUAGGGCUUGAAUCCAGCGUUUUGUACAUGCUAAGCUUGGACUGUACUGUUGAGCUACAGCCGCAGCCUGAAGUGUACAGUCUUUCUGUUUCCUACAGAGUCCCUCAUAGAACUGGACAUUUUAGUCCUAGCUGUAAAUCAUAUAAAAUGUGUCAUAUCAGUUUGGGGUUUUAAAAUGCGUUUUUGGUAUUUUUACAGGUAUUUCUUCUUAGCUUAUUUAGGGGAGAAAUAACAAAAUUUUUCUUAAUAAAAAAAUUAAAAUGAAGUUACUGUUAUAGGUGUUAUAAGCUCUUUUAGUAAAUAUUAAGCUCAUUUUUACACCAUUUGAAACAGCCACAAUGUAAACAAGAGAUGUGAGUGGCGGAGCUUUGCCGCUGAUGAGACAGACACACACAGGACUUGCUCUUUUGUUGGCAAUAAAAGUAAUGUAAGAGUCUGUCUCCAUGUAUGUCUGCAAGCCAGAAGAGGGCACCAGACCUCAUUACAGAUGGUUGUGAGCCACCAUGUGGUUGCUGGGAAUUGAACUCAGAAUCUUUGGAAGAGCAGGCAGUGCUCUUAACCACUAAGCCAUCUCUCUAACCCCCUGAUUCUGAUUUCUUUCAGUGUUUAAUUUUAAUUUUAUCUUCUGAGCCUUGAAGGCUGA